GGAAAAUGUGGUUUGUGGAGAAAAGGAUUGAUAUCAAUUUGAUUGAAUGUUAUGCACCGUUACUGUAUGGUUGUUUGCUGUGUGCACUGCUGCUAGAGGAGAUGGUUUACGGUGUUCCCACAACACCACCUGAAAAACUAACUCAGGGCUGCUCGCCAGAACUCCUCCACCUACGAUCCUAUCGACAUUUCCAUGUAUUGUGUCGUAGUCAACCUGCGAUAGCAGUAGCAGCUUACGAAGGAAUGCAGGACGCAAUGAGUCAGUGCAAGGAACAGAUGCGCUUCCAGCCUUGGGACUGUUCCCAUAUUAUUACAGUACUGCAAGACCCACCUAUUCUACGUCUCGGGACCCGAGAAUCGGCAUACCUAUGGGCACUUUCAUCAGCGGGUGCAGCGUGGGGUGUUGCAACUGCUUGCUCUCAAGGAUGGCUCCCCGAUUGCACAUGUAACGGUCAUGAUGAAUUGAAGCAAAGCUGGGAGUGGGGUGGUUGCUCAUACGGCGUACAAUUCGGGAUAAUAACAUCCAGAAAACUGCUUACAAGAAAUGCUAUUUCUCGGUCACCCUUAAGAAAGCUGGAAAAACACAACCUGAAGGCUGGAAGAUUGGCGGUAAAAAAAACUUUGAUAUCAUCCUGUAAAUGUCAUGGUGUAAGCGGAAGUUGUGAUCAGAAAACUUGUUGGAAGAAAACUGCUGCACUCUCUACUAUCGUACAACACAUUACUAAUAAAAUGAAUAAGGCCAGAAGACUUUCGGAUGUAAAUUCUCCGGCAAAAAAUGCAGAACUGAUAUACAUGGAAGACAGUCCCGAUCCAUGCCGUUCAACCCGGAUAACUAAUAGGAUAUGCAGCUGGAGGAACGAAACAAAUAGCCAGGGUGAUUGUGGUUUACUGUGUUGUGGACGCGGAUUCAAGGUGCCUCUUUAA